CGACACAUUUCCAGUUUCGCCAGGCAUUACAAGCACCAGAAAUCUCCCACUCCCCGCGGCAGAAUUCAAGUUUAAGCCCGGCUCAAGCCACUCGACCACUCAGUUCACAGCGGAAUCGCGUCGCGACAACAACGAGCAGCUCAGACUGAAACUCAGAUUCAGACUCGCGAAGUGAAGUAAUUUAAAACAAUAACAACGGAAAGCGUCUAGGAAAGGUGCGCAGUAUGAUCGUCUUACUCGGAGCACUCUGUCUGCUGCAGACGGCUAGCUUGGUGCCGGCACAGCUGUUUACGCUGCGCGAUGGCAAGGUGGGCGUGAACUUCGCUGGAUAUCACGCGGAUGCGGGACUCGGCGGACUCCUCACGGGCAACUCCGCCCACGGCGGACUCAGCGCCUCGGCCGGAACUCCUUGGGGCUCCCGGGCAGCCGCCGGUCUGGGCGGCAAUCUGGAUGGACGCGCAGCCGGCGUGGGCUACGCCGCCGCCCAGGCCAAUCCCUCGGUGGGGGCCAGUGCGCUUCUGGGCGGCAGCGCCGGCGAGCACGGCUACAUCGGAGCCGAGGCGCACAGUCCUGGUCGCACCCUGGUCUCCUCCUCGCAGCACUCCGUCCAGCCGGCAUAUCCUGCUGAUCCUGUGCCCGCGUCACCCACCUCCGGCCCCGUCGUCACCAGCCACAUCCAGAAGGUAAAGCCGCCCAAGAAGUACUCGCUGAUCCACCAAGAUCCGGACCGCAGCGAAAUCAUUGAAAAUCAUGUUAAAGCGGCCGCAGAUGCCGAUGCGGUGGAUAACCACCAGCUGCCCCGCCCGCCGGCCACGCCCACCUCGCUGAUAAUUGUCAAGCGACCACGCGCACAUGCAAAGCGACAACGACAGCGGCAACGUGUCGUAUACGUGAUGCAGCAGCAGCAGCAGCAGGAGGAGCAGCAAAUUCCGGACGAGGAAGCCCAAAAGGACGCGCCGCAGUCGACCGUUGAGGCGAGGAGCGAGGCCAAGGUGGUCCAGGCCCACAAGUACAAGUCCGUCCAGCGACCCCAGGCCGUGAACAAUCGCUUCCUGGCACCACAGGCCCAAGGACCCGUGGGCCUGGCCCUCGAUAUUCCCAUUGGCAUCCUGCGCUCCCUGCAGCAAUCCUUGGGCGCCCUGGGCGGAGGAGCAGUUCCUCAGCAGCCAGCAGCUGCAGCUGCAGUUGCAGGUGCACAGGCCAAUGCCCACAACCACUAGAGAUGUAGUUUCCAGAUUCGUACAGGAGGAACUAAUAAAGUAUCUGCACACUGGACAGAACAAAUUCGAUUGAGCAGAGAUUAAACAGUAUGAUUUGCCAUUAGUCAUUACCCAAAAUCAACCUACGAGCUGAGAAAGCAAAUAAUUGCUGACAACAGUGAACGCACAUAUUCAAGGAAUCUACCAAUUCAAUAAAAGUAAAAUUGCACUAUGACAAAUUAAGUAAGGUGCAAACCUCUAAUAAAUUCACUUGCAUUGCUAGUCUA